AUGGCCUUUGUUUCUUUUCUUUUCUCGUUUUUUCUCUGUGUGAACAGCACAAACGAGAAUGGGUGUUACUGUAUAGAUUAUGGGGUUAAUACCUGUGAUAUUUGUAACAAUGGGUGUUAUUUAAAUUUAGUCGACUGUCAAAAGUGCCCAAUAAAUUGUACAUUUUGCACCUCCAAAACGACAUGCACUCAGUGUAAAUCGGGGAUGUUUUGGAAUGGUACGGCAUGUAUGCCAUGUGAUUUUGAGUGCAAAGAAUGUUCUUCAUAUAGUGUUUGCACUUCUUGUAAAUUUGGGUAUUACUUAGAGAAUACACAGUGCUAUAGUUGUCGAGAAGGGUGUGAGCAGUGUGACAAUUCAACACAUUGCACGACAUGUGAUUCCCUUCAAGACUUGGUAUUACAUGAUGGGAUGUGUGUGUAUUGUUCGUCUGUGAUUCCUCGUUGUGUUUCGUGUAAAGGUAAAAAAUGCAUUUUAUGUGAAAUGGGGUAUUUUGCGUCUGAAAAUGGCGAGUGUAUUCAGUGUGAUAGAUUAUGUGGGAAAAGUGGGUGUGAUAUCAAUGGGUGUAUUGAUUGUGCAAACAAUUUCAUUUUGAGUAUUGACAAUCGUUGCACUCUUCCUGUCGAGGCGCAUUGUAUUGAAUAUGACCGCAGUUGGUGUACUUCAUGCGCGACUUCAUAUCAUUUAAUUGAUGGAAAGUGCUUUCCAGAUGUUUCAUGUGAUUCAAGCACUUCGAUUCGAUAUGAUAAUGGCUGUGUUUCACAAAAAGUUUCAAAUUGUCAAAUUAUUGAUUUGAGAAAUCAAGUGUGUCAAGUGUGCAAACCCGGGUAUAGUUUGCAUUCAACCAUUUGUGUUGAAAAUCACUCUCAAAUUCCACAUUGUGUUCGCCUCAAAUUUUUCAUCGAUUCGUACAUUUGCUCUGUGUGUGAAUAUCCAUAUUAUCCAUUCAAUGAAAAAUGUCUUCCCGUCGAUAAUUUAUUUGGGUGUGUCGAGCCGUUCAAUGUGAUGAAUGUGUACGAAGGUUCAACAUCGCGAUGUAUGAAAUGUAUUGAAGGAAUUCAAAGUGUUAAUUAUCAUUGCUUUUUCUCACCAUAUUGCAUAUCAUACAAGAGCGAUCGUUGUGUUUUGUGUAUUGAUGACUUUUUGUUGGUUGACGGAGUGUGUGUUUCGUGUAAAGCAAUACAUUGCAUCAGCUCAAAGAACGACAAAUGCACGUUAUGUGAAGAUGGUUACCACUUGAAUGAAAAUUUUCUUUGUAAUUACAAUGAUAUGAAACCACACUGUGAGCAGUACAAAGACAAUUUAGACUGUUGCGUGAUGUGCAAAGAUACUUAUUUAUUGAGUAAUUGUUCGUGUAUAAAUUGUACCAUAAAACACUGCAAAAGAUGUUCCACAACAAAUAACUCAUGUGAUGUGUGUUAUCCUUCAUAUUAUAGUAAAGAAGAUGGUUGUGUUGAAUGUUCUAUUUUUGGUGAGGGGUGUGAUAUCUGUAAUGAGUCUGGGUGUUUGUCGUGUAAAAGUGGAAUGUAUUUGAGCACUCACAACAACGUCACUUUUUGUUCCAAUUGUUCUGAAAACAGCGCGUUUUGCGUUUCAUGCACGUAUGAAGGGUCAUGUCAAGUAUGUGACAAAGGUACUGUUCUUGUGAAUAAGACGUGUCUUUUGUGUAAUGAAACAAUUCCGUCGUGCCAAACGUGUCAAGGUGGGUUUUGUACCUUAUGUGAAAUAGGGUUUUACAGAGACAACACAAAGUGUGAUUCCUGUGAAUUAAUCGAUCACUGUGAAAUGUGUGCAAACGAAGGCUUGGUUUGUACAAAGUGCCAAAGUGAUCACAUUUUAAAUGUAGAAACUAACGUUUGUGAGCGGUGUGUUGAUUACUUUGACAAUUGUGUCGAAUGUGAUGAAAAUAACACGAGUUGUGUAUUAUGUGAAAACAACCAAAUACCUUUUGAUAACAAAUGUGACAGCGCAUCAAGUUCAACACCCAACUGCUCGAGGUCAGUUGGAGAUUUUUGUGUAUUGUGCGUACAUGGGUUUGUAUUACGCAAUGGAACAUGUUACAAAUAUCACAAAUCGCAUUGUAUGAGAUAUUCAUCUUUUUUUGAUUAUGGAUGUUAUGAGUGCGAUACAUCAAUUCCAUUCAACGGAAUUUGUGCGAAUUAUACAAGAAAUGAAACGUGUUACUUUUACUUAGAAAACAAUAAUUCCAAUUUUGAGUGUCUGUUUCCCACAAACAUAUUGGUUACACUUCAGUGCGCUCCAAACCAAUAUUUGACACAAACAAACCCUCCAUUCUGCGAAUUUUGUAGUUUGAAUUGUGCACUAUGUGUUGACAAAGAAACUUGUUUGAAGUGUGAGUAUGGCUAUUUAAUCAAUAACGGGAAAUGUGAACCUCAACAGAAUUGUAACGUUACAGAUGUUAGUUAUUGUUCGCAAUGUAACGAUGGGUAUUACUGGAAUGGUUCAACUUCAAAAUGUUCUCCUUGUCUAAUACAACAUUGUAAGACUUGUGACACCUCAUCAUCAUGUCUGUUGUGUUUCAGUGACUAUUUAAACACAAGUCUUCUCUGUGAAUUCCAACAAAUGUUACACUGUGCUCUUCAAAUCAACGGGUUUUGUAUUUCGUGUGAAGCUGGGUACUUCUUAGAGAACUUAGUUUGCGUUCGAAACACUAUUGAAAAUUGCCUUCUUCAAUUUCGGUCGACCCUUUGUUUGUUAUGUAAUAACAACACAAAUUUGGUUUCGUCGUAUAUUGGCGACACAACGUGCUCAAAAGAAAAGAACAUCCACUGCUUGUUGGAGUCUCCUAGUGGAUGUCUCCGAUGUGAAGAUGGCUACUUUCUCUUAUCAACGUGGUGCUUCCCGUGCCAACACAAUUGCGACAAAUGCUCUCAACAGAAAAUUGGAUGCGACAAGUGUUCCUUUGGCUUUUUGUGGAACAGCACAACGCAGAGUUGCACAACAGUUGCUUACUUCCAGGAGUCUUGCAAGUACUUUGCCAAGAAUCGAGUGGGCUGUGCUAUAUGUCACUCGGGCUAUUUUCUUCAAGAUUUUCAGUGUGAGAAAUGUGAUGACUCUUGUCGUACUUGUAAUGACAGUUCUGUCUAUUGUAGUGACUGUAAUGAGAACGGUGGGUAUUUCCGAGCAGAAGAUAAUUCGUGUCAGAGUGUCGCCACCAUCCUUCACUGCAAUUCGACAAAGCAAAACUAUUGUGAAGUGUGUGAUUCCGGUUAUUAUAAUUAUGGCAUUCGAUGUCAACCGUGUCAAAUUGGGUGCGAGUUGUGCACGAAUAAGGACGAAUGUAUUGGGUGUAUGGAACUUUAUGUAAUGAGAGAGACAAAGGAAUGUGUGUUAUACAGUGACAUUAAUCGAUGUAUCGGGUAUAACGACAAAAAGUGUUCACAGUGUAUGGACAUGUAUGUGCCAAAUGCUGUUGGGGAUGUCUGUGUCUAUUCUUGGCAGUUCAUAGCAAUGGUAGGAACACCUUCUUUGACUUUUGCUGUUAUCAUCAUCGCAAUAAUAUUAGUGAUAGUCUUUGUGUUUGUAUGUUGUCACAAAAAGACGAACGACUAUGAAGAAUUUAUCACAAGAGAUAUAGUCUUCUCUGUCAAGAAAGCUAAGAUACCAUUCACAAAGCUGUUAUCAAGUAAAAUGGAGACAAACAAGAAGUGUUUGGAUUAUUUGAAUGAAGCACGAAAACCACUUUUAGUCAACGAACGAGCAAAGAACGAAGUCUAUUUGGCUAAUAUGAAAAACACGACUGUUCAGAUCAAGUUCCUUGGCAUGAAUAACGCCAAUUUUGACAUCCAAGUCGAACCACAAUGUGUUGUGUUAAAAAAGAUGCACGCCGUGAAAAUGAAGGUUUCUAUUAAACCGAAUUGCACGUACUUUUUUAGGGGGCAACUUAAAUUCUCACGACUUGAUAUGAAAAAGGGGAAAUAUAGCGAAUUCAACAUCCCCCUCUUAUUCAAAACUGAAACCACAAACCGCAUUUCCGCUGAUGAGAUCCAAGUGAGCGAGUGCAUCGGGACAAGUAUAUUUGGGAAAACAUUUAAAGUGAAUUACCGCGGCGAGACUGCUGUUUUAAAGAAGGUUAAUUACAUCAAAGAAGAGACUUUAGAAGAGUUCCAACGUGUUGUGAUUGAAGCGGAUAAAUGUGGGAGAGGAAAGUUUGUAGCAAGUUUCAUUGGUGCAAUAUUCCAAACACACAAGAUGGGUAUAUUACUUGAGUAUAAUGCCAAUGGGAGUUUGAGUGACAUAUUAAAGAAAACAAAACCAACAAAAGACGUUUUAAUAAGAUUGGGGUAUGACAUUAUAAGAGGGAUAUUCUACCUCCAUUAUAAAGGUAUCAUUCAUUACGAUAUAAAGCCACAAAACGUGUUGAUUUACUCAUUAAACAAAAUGUCAGACAUUUGCGCUAAAAUCACGGACUGCGGGAUUAAAAAGUGCUUCAAAUUGAUUAACUUCAACACACUGCCUUUUAAGAACAAUAUUGGGAUACAGUACAUUGCACCUGAAAUGUUUUAUAAGCGCACCUGUACUCCAGCAGUUGACAUGUUUGCGUUUGGCGUUUUAGUCUUUGAAAUGUUCUGUGGAAACAUUUCAAAGAUGUUCAAGUCAAGUUGGGAAAUCACAAAGUUCUUUUGUGAAGGAAAGAGAUUGAAAAAGACAGAAGAAAUCGAACAGUGGAUUUAUGACUUGGUCCAAGACUGCUGGAAACAGUCGCCAGAGGAAAGAACAAACGCACGUAACGUUGUAUUACGUUUCCAAAGAAAUGCAGAUUGA